AUGGCUGGCAGUGGAAUCCCCUUUGUGAAGAUUGAUUUCCCAGAUUCAGAUGAUUCACCUGAAUUUGUACCACCUCCACCUAAACGAGCUAGACGUGAACCUGGCGUGUCUCGUACCAUUCAUGAUUCUAGAUAUCAGUCCGAACAAGAACUGAAUCGAGCCGUAGAGUAUAUCACCGAUGGAUUGCCAUGCGAAUCAUUAGCCGAAUCAGAUUAUACUACCACCCACCAUUAUCCUCAGUCAUCAUCGGUACCUGUGUUGAACAAGAAUGGAUUACCUAGAGCUAAACCUGGACCGAAACCAAGACUUAAAGCACCAUUAGGAUUAGAUGAGAAAGCUGAAUUUAUGCAAAAGAAACGUGAAGGGAUGAGAGCAGUUAGAGAAAGGAAAAAAGAAUAUAUUGAAGAACUUGAGGAUCAAUGUCGUCUUUUACAAGCUGAAAAUGUCAGAUUACGUGAAGAGAAUGAGCAAUUGAUGAGAGAGUCAAGAGAGAAUUGGAAAGCAAAAGCCUUGCGUUCAUUUCCUAGUAAUCCGACUACCAAUAAUCACAUGGACACUUUGAAGAAAAACAAUAGUAAUCAUCUUUCAUCUAGAAAAUAUAAACCUAUUGCACCUAAGCUUACAGAGGGAAGGACUGUAUUAGAUGUGAUUGCUGAAAGGAGUAAGACAACUCAACUUUUGAGAAGGUCAUAA